ACCCGACCUUCGACGAGAUGACCCCUCCAGAGCUCUGCAUCGUCCGUCGUACGCCAGCCAUGGGCGACCUCGAGCGCCGUCUGCAACUCAGCAUGGUGGCCUAUGCCGCGGGUGCCAGGCAUGACUUGUCGCCGGAGUUCGUGCUGGGGGCGCUGGAGACCGUGCUGGAGAUCAGGCCCGAGCGGGUCCCCAUCCACCACUACCGCCCUGAGGACUACUUGGUGGUGUUACAGAGGCCAGAAGACAGGAAUCGGGUGGCGGGUCGUCCGGCCAUAGAAUUCAAUGGAGUCCGCAUCUUCUUCACGCAGUGGAAUCGUCAAGCGCAGGCAGUGCACACCAGGUUCAACUUCAAGGUUUCGCUGGUCCUAGAAGGACUACCCCCACAUGCUUGGGAUCGGGAGGUGAUCGAGGAUCUGCUUGGCUCGGCCUGCCUUGUUGACAUGGUAGCGCCGGAAACCAGCUCGCGCCGUGAUCUGUCUGCCUUCAAGCUCACGAUUUGGCCGGACCCGGAGGCCAUCCCGACCCUGCGCUGGCUGGCGAUCCCCGAGCCGGGACUGGUGGCGCCGCUGGCAGCACCUUCGCUGCUUCAAUACAAGGUUCUGAUCCAUCUGGAUUCCGUGUCUGAGUUUGAGGAGAGAGACGAGCCGUUCUUCUUUAGGGCGUCAUCGGACAGUGGGCAUUGUGGCAUCCUAGACUCGGAGCACGAGUUUGACGGCAAUGGGGAUGGUGGCGGCCCCAGCUUGCCGCCGGCAAGGAGGCAGUGGCAAUUCGGCGUGCGGGAUAAUCGGGGACCUAGAGAUGGACACCAGAGGUGAAGUUCAGCAGUUCCUGCCUCGCCGGCGAUGAGGCUGGCCACCGGAGUUCAAUGGGGGCUGCCGCCGAUGUGAGAGAGACCCCUGAUUUCGGCCGGUGGGCCCGUCAACACAGUCCAAGACAGGCUAUUGCUUCGGGUGUCAGCUUUUGACCGUUUGACCACACCGGUGGGGCCACGUGCUAGGCCAAAGACCAGAGAGGACAGGGCGGUGGCACAGGCUGGCAUCAAGUCAAAUGGCAUUGGCGGCAGAACAGAGGGCGAUGCGAGUCUGGAGGCUUCCAGACCACCCGGGACGUGGUAGGAGACCGCGGGUGAGAGGGUUAUCCAAUUGGAUAUUCCCUCGGAUCUGAUGCCCACCCACCCGAGGCCGAUGCAUGGACUGCAGGAUAGCGGGGUGGGGAUCGAGGACACACCAACCCCUACUGAGGUGGGGACAAAAGAGAAGGAGGGCGCACCUAUCCCGACAGAGGAGGGGACGAAAGAGAAGGAUGACCCACCAGUGAUCAGGAAGGUGGAGCCCACCCAGGAUCCUGCCGUUACGCGGAUUGGGCACAGGGAGUCGAGCCAAGGCAUGCAGAUGGAGCAGCUGACCGCUGGCUCGGGAGCCGAGAGCAUGCAGAUUCUGGUGGAGGGCCCGACAUCUGCGCCAACUAGACAUGAUAAGGAGGAGGGGAGGGCCCACUCGGAUGAGAAUCAUGCAACCAAUGCAUGCAUGGCGACGUACAUGCAGAAUCAAGUGCUGGAGCCAGCCGAGGCCAUGCAGCGCUCGGAAAGGGGAGUGGAUGCGGAGGGGGACAACAAAGCUGAUCUAUCUCUCGCCUUAAUACCUGUGGAGCUGGCUAACGACGGAGCUGAUGCGGAGGGUAUGACAGCACAAGAGGCGGUGGCCUAUAGCAAACUCAAGAGCUUCUACGCCAACAUUAUCAAGAAGUUGCCCCGCCACUGCUCAAGGAAGUGCAGGUGUCGCAGUUACGUCCUGAAGCUGAACCUUUCACCCCGAAGAGGACUACGGGAGCCUCCAAGAAGUUGGCACCUCCGAAGCGAUCAAAAGACAGCCCGGCGGAAAAUGUGUUGUUACAUGCUUUGGGAAUGGUACCAGACGACCUGGAGGUGGAUGAUGGAGUGGUGCAUGAGCUUAAGGCUCUCUUCAAUUCCCCUCUACGUGAGCAGUAUAGCCGCAUCAUCGCUGCCCUUUUUGGCAAAGCUAUUCCGUCGAUGGCUGAGUUGGAAGCUAGCAAUUCGGUGGUAGUUAGCGUUAGCUAGGCGCUCGUGCCUGGGUGUUGGUGUACUUCAUGUCUAUGGAUCUACACCCACAGGUGCUUUGCUGGAACGUUCGCGGACUGAACAAUCCAGCUAAAAGAAAGGCGGUACGGGAGUUUGUUGCCACGAUCCAUGUCAACUUUGUGUGUUUCCAAGAGACUAGACUUGAUGUAAUUGACCAGUUCACAAUUAUGC